CACGUGCGCUGAGCAAUGAGACAGCUGUCCGAGAGGAAGGAUCUGCUCGGCGGCUCUGCGGGUUGAAGAUGGCGGACGGAGAGGCUAGUCUCGGAAUGGCCUUUUCAGGCGGAUCCGAUAUCGAAGGACCUGCUGCAAAACGGUCGAAAAUCUUUCCGAUAACGAACAACGGAUUCAAAGUCGCCCACGAAGACCCCUCCUCGUGUUUCUCCGCGGCCAAAGAGAGCCGGGAGGCGGCGAUUAAUUGUACGCAAACAGUGGAGAAGAAAGCAAUGCCGGCGAAGGCGGUUGAGCAGGCCCCGGCAGCGCCAGGCGGAGACAACAAUGGACUGGGACCGCUGGGCUGCGAGCCGCUCCAACCGGUCAUGAAACGCGAGGACAGCGCUGGAGCGGGAACGACGGAGGACAGCGCUGAUGUCCCCGGACAGGACGAGCUGUCCUCCAGUAGACCCGCCGGCACGCCGGACCACAUCAACGAGGACGACGACCGAUCCUCGCAUGCGAGCUCCAGCGACUGGACUCCUCAACCGCAAAUAGGCUCCUACAGUUACAUCCAGCCACAUAUCAGAGACACAGACCCAAGGACCAUUCUGAGGGAUCUGCUGCCCGAGACUGUACUCCCGCCGGAUUUAGACGACAUGACAUUGUGGCAGAUUAUCAUCAACAUCUCAGAACCUCCAAAAAGAAAGAAGCGGAAGGAUAUCAACACCUUAGAAGAUGUUGUCAGGCUACUCCAUGAAAGUAAAAGGAUCCUUGUGCUGACUGGUGCUGGGGUGUCCGUUUCAUGUGGAAUACCUGAUUUCCGCUCCAGAGAUGGAAUUUAUGCACGGCUUGCUGUAGAUUUUCCAGAUCUUCCAGACCCUCAAGCUAUGUUUGACAUUGAAUACUUCAGACGGGACCCAAGACCCUUUUUCAAGUUUGCUAAGGAGAUCUACCCGGGCCAGUUCCAGCCUUCACCCUGUCACAAAUUCAUAUCUUUGCUGGAUAAGCAGGGCAAGCUGCUGCGCAAUUACACACAAAACAUUGAUACAUUAGAACAGGUGUCUGGAGUUAAGCGGAUAAUCCAGUGUCAUGGGUCGUUUGCAACCGCUUCCUGUCUUGUCUGUAAACACACAGUGGGUUGUGAAUCUAUAAGGGAAGACAUCUUUAACCAGGUUGUCCCUCACUGUCCACGCUGUCCAGAUAUUCCCAUGGCCAUCAUGAAACCUGAUAUUGUCUUCUUCGGAGAGAAUCUUCCAGAAAUGUUCCACAGAGCCAUGAAACAGGAUAAAGAUGAGGUGGACCUCUUGAUUGUCAUCGGCUCUUCACUCAAAGUCCGACCAGUUGCCCUCAUCCCAAACUCCAUUCCACAUGAAGUGCCUCAGAUCCUGAUCAAUAGGGAGCAGCUGCCUCACCUCAACUUUGACGUGGAGCUCCUUGGUGACUGUGAUGUCAUAGUAAACGAACUCUGUCACCGGCUGGGUGGAGACUUUGAGCAGCUCUGCUACAAUACUGUAAGACUCACGGAGACCACUGAGAAACCCCCUCGGCUACCGGAACAGCCCCCAAGCGAGGCCUCUCCUGCUGCUAUUGAUGCAUCUCAGGAGGAGCCAAGGCAGCACAGUACAGACUCUGUAACGAUGCCUUCAGAGGAGGCAGAGAGUCUGAAUGUCUCGGACACUGCUGGUAAUGAUGUGCCACCUCCGGAGCCUUGUCCACAUGCUCAGUGUCCCAGUGAAGAGACGGCUGAACCGUCACAGUUACCAACCGGAGAUGUACCGAAAGAGGUCGCUGAAGUAAAGAGCCAAAGCUCCAACCUCGAAUUUCGUAGACGAUGCUGGAUGAGUCGAAUAAACAGAAGUCCAAUCAGCAAACGCCUUGAGACAGGCCAGUACCUGUUUCAAGCGCCGUAUCACUAUAUCUUCCACGGCGCGGAGGUCUACUCCGACUCGGAAGACGAGACGUCGAGCUCCUGUGCCAGUGACAGCGAGGAGUCCGACUGCAGCGCGGAGGGGGGGGAAGAAGACAGUGAGCCGGAAGACGCCGACUCGCUGGCAGCCGAUGGAGAGACGUGCCUCAGAGAAACAUUACAGCGCGCUUUAGCCAACGAGGGCACUUCGAUUGUGCAGAAAGACAGUACGCCUGAAAAGACACAAAGCACCACACACCUUUAAAUGUAAAGUACUUGGUCUACAAAGCAGCAGCAGUAGUGUGUGUGUGUGUGUCAAAGGUUUGGACACACUUUCUCAUUCAAUGAGAAUUGUAUAGGUUUCGUAUGUAUUUUUGACUCAUCAACCGUACUAUUAUUUUUCAUAAAGUCGAAAUUGCUUGACAACUUUGUUGACCAUGGCCAGUUUUUAUUCUGUGCCGAGUAUGGUCCAAAGCAUUGUGUCUGAAACGUCAUAUCGUAUACUACUUAAUAGAAUGCAGUAUUUUAUUUUAUUUUUUUACGAUUUGUUUGCUCAUCUCCAUUUCUUUCACAUUGAGAAAUACAGCAGCGUGCUGAUAAUACAACACUAGACUUAGCUUUGAUUCCUAACUUGUAUUACACUUGCUUCUUCUUCCAGUUGUAACUAUGUGAGCCGUCUGCCUGUUAAAUAGUGGGUACUAUGAGUUUCAGACACAUACAUGAUCUUCAGAGGGUUUACUUGAACACAUUAUUUAAGUUGCAAUAUAAAAGUUCAGCACCACCCCUUAAUGGAGGUCAAGUGCUAGAAUCGAGAACCGUACUUUAUUUUAGACCAAAGAACGCUUUAACAUGUUCCUACAUUGUCAUAAGCUGUGUAUGUUUAAGAAAUAUACAAUGACUGGAACAGUGUUCCUUCUCACAUGUGGCAGCUACUUUUUAUGGUCACACCUUAUUUUUAUAUGCUGAUCUGAGACCUACUCCUCAAAGAGUAGAUUCUAGUUCAUAUCUGUACUAAGUUGUAUUAACCAUAGGAAAAAUAAUGUGUUCACAUUAUAGCAAUAUUUCCCCCAUUACAUAAAAGUUUUAUUGAACUUUGCAUAUUUACAUAUAAGUUAUAAAGUUAAACCAUUCAUUACCCAGAGGGGCCUACUGCCUAUAAAGAUUACUUGUUGGUAGAUGGACGUAUUUGAACCAAUGUUUCUGAUAAAUGUAUUGUCAACACCAACUUAAUUAACAUAACCUAUACAUGGUAAUGUUUUGUUUACGAUAUAAGGAAAUGGGAUUUUUCAUGUUUUUACAUCUUUACAGUGGUUAUCUAUUCUUGGGUUCUCAGUAAAAAAAGAGAAUGAAAAACAAUCCAAAUUUCUUUGUUAUUUCGUGCACAACAGACACUAGGCUAGCUUCAAAUGAACAUCCAUCAAAGGGAAGAGGCCCGGUGAGAGACGCGCGCCACCUAGCGACCAGUUCACCCCUUCACUUUGUACGGCUUUCCAGGAGCGCCAGUCGUCAAAGGGCAAAAGGAUUCAUUUACAACAUUCUAAUCCAAGGAAAGUGUCUACGACAGCAGCAUGCAUGUACCUAGUGGUGAGUCACUAGCGUAGGGAGGGCAAGCAUGGUCUUAUUCUGCGUUCACACCAAAAGCGAAGAGACUUCGCCACGCUUUACUCGCCCCAGUAGUUGUAGUUAAUUCGCGUCCCGCUUCAUUUGCUCCUGAAAGGGGGCGUGACUUAUUCUCCGUAGAUUUCCGUUAUCCACCGUGGAAUAAAUAACCACUAUUUCGCUCUUUAUUUGUCGUGUGAAAUGUCGGAACCGCAAACGGUGUUGCGUUUCGCUUCGUAACUUCAUCCGACGCCGCCGCACACAGCUGGAAUUUCACAGACUCCUCCAGGAAGUGCGUCUGGAUGACGGCUGCUUCCAGCGCUGCCUCAGGCUGAAAAGCCGCCGGUUAGACGACACGUUAUGUCGGAUCCCGGCCAGCGUCUCUCGGCACCAACUAACUUACAGGCGUUGAGUCUCCGCUGCGGAGCGCCUGUGUCUCCG